AUGGUGGGUUCUGUGAUAGAACAUGUGAUGAGCCGGGACAGAGCGGUACCGGGGGUCGGGGUCGGGGACGGGGUCCAGGUCCCAGACACCGUGGUGGGGCUGGACGGAGGAGACGUGCUGGACGGAGGGGCCGCCGGGGAGAAGCGGCUCUGCUCCAACGCCGUGGCGGCAGCGAGGGACGCUCAGGUCGGGGAGGACCAGUCGGAACCUCCGCCAACGAACCCGGUGGUGGCGCCGCAGCAGCAGGGCCCCACCGGCCCCCCCGGGCACCGGACCACCUCCUUCUCCGUUCUGGACAUCCUGGACCCCAACAAGUUCACGAGCAGCCGCCGGCAGCAGCAGCAGCAGCACGGGGGCCACCGGGGAGAGAUGUGUGCCUACGGAGCCGAGAACCGGAGAACCGGAGGAACCGGAGGAACCGGAGGAACCGGAGGGACCGGGGAGAGAGAGUCCGGCCUGGAGGCCAGCAAAGGCUGCUACGGAGCGGAGCAGCAGUACCAGAGCAAGGAAAGCUUUGUAUUCAAAAGCCAAGAUGAGGAAGACUAUCACAGAUCCGGGACCCCAGAUUCAGAGGCCCCGGAUGAGCCCUACAGCAGUGAGGAGAGCAGCUCAGCCCUGCCCAGUAACAGAGAAAGAGAUCCGGGCCAGCACAGCCACCAGGACCCCGGCAGAGACAACAAGAGCCCCGGAGGAGGCCCCACAGACCAGAUCACCGAUGUCCAGGCCAACGGGGGCCAGGGCGCACAGGGCAAACCCAAGAGGAAGCGCUCUGGCUCCGACUCCAAGUCGGGAAAGCCCCGUAGAGCCCGGACUGCCUUCACCUACGAGCAGCUGGUGGCGCUGGAGAACAAGUUCAAAUCAACGCGCUACCUGUCAGUUUGUGAGCGGCUCAACCUGGCCCUGUCGCUCUCCCUCACCGAGACCCAAGUCAAGAUCUGGUUCCAGAACCGUCGGACCAAGUGGAAGAAACAAAACCCCGGUGCAGACACCUCCGCCCCCACCGGCACAGGAGGAGGAGGUAUGGGAGGAGGAGGAGGCCUGGGAGGCCUUAGCCCUCUUAGCCCGUCCCCUCCAAUCAGCGGGCACCUGGCCAUGCAUGCUGGCUACGCCGGCCACCAUCACCCCCCCACCGGCAGCCUGGUCCAGCUGCCUUUCCUCACCGCCAGCCACGUCCUGUCCCCCUUCAUGCUGGGGACACAGAGCUACGCUGCACCCGCUUUCUACAGCACACACCUGUAG